AGUUCUGCUGGCUGGCGGGCCCAGGAGAAAGCGAGGUGACGGAGAGGUUUUGAUAGGAGAUUUGCUUUCCUUCGGAUCACUUGUUCUAGUGCAGCCUGUUUCUGCGAUGGGUGGUGGUUGCAAUGCCAGUCCUGUCACAGAGGCCGAAAUUGGCCUAGACGCAGACGCUGAUAGCAAAUUAGUAAGAGCUGGCCGGCGUAACGGCUAGAAUCUCGUUCCAGGUUUGCUAGAUACGCCGUUAGGCGUGGAGAGUUCGGUAGGCCGGAUUGUGCGAGAGGCGUAAAUUCCGUUGUUGGUUUGGGUAAAGUAAAAAAAAUCAUCGUCGUUAUCUGAGACGAUGGACAGGACGAGAGAAGCAAGGAAAGGUGAUAAGGGUCCCGUGACUACUCCCACCCAGCGUCGGUCGCGGAGCUCCGUUGGGCCAAAAGAGACUCAAGAUGCCGGACAUUCCACACCUGACGGGCCUGGCCUCGAUAACCACGGCUCAAGAGGAGGAGGAAGCGCAAGAGGUGACACAAGUGCUGGUGUCGAAGGAUCCAGUCGAUACUCCGUCGACAUUGGCAGCGGGAAUAAUACAGGAGCUGGUUCUAACGCGUACCACGCCACGGGAUCUAAUAGCCGGAAGCGAGACAAGCCGAGGGUAGCCUCGGCGGGAUCUAACGGCUCGAAAACUAAGCGCAAGCGGAGUGCGUCCGAGGCUGUUUCCCCGUUCUCCCCGCAAGCGGACGAAGACGAGGAUGCCACUCCGCCACCAGGCGCUGGCGCGGGGGGAGGGGAGGGCGCGGGGCUUGGCGCGCACGGCGAUUCCCCGUCGCCCGGGGACGCGCGGGAGGGCUCCCCCGUAGGAUCCAGGCGUCCGCCGAAGUUCCGCCUUCCAGGGGCAAAGCUCGAGUCGAUGGAUGAGAACGGCCCGGUCACUCUCACAGCCGUGCCUCGUCGCACACGCACUGCCAAGGUGAAGCGGUCCUCCGAGCCCCAUCACUUGGACGUGACGCCCCGUUGGGACGCUGCUUCUUCGCAUGAAGACGCCUCGCCUUCUCCUGGCGCGUGGGAGAGGGACAGAGAGAGGGAGAGGAAGGAGGAGCGGAAGGACGAGCGCGGGAGGGAGAGACGGGAGGAGAGGGAGCGUAGGCUGGAGGGAAAUGCGCUCUCACCACCACCACCCAUGGCCUCUCGAUCCCCUCCAGUCUUCUCGUCAACUGUUGUUGCUGCUGCUGCUGCAGCAGCGAGUGCUGCCACUGGUUCUGGUGGAUCUGCUGGGGGGGGCUCCGCUGUAGCAGGAACGGCAGCGGUUGGUUGGCUGGAUUCAGCAAUGAGAGGCGCGGGUAUUGAAACCUGGCCGGGCGGGUUGAAUCUGGGGAGUGGGAGUGGAAACAGCUUGGAGCAGCAGGAGCGGCUUGAGGAAGGCAGAAAGAGGGUGAGUGAAGGAGACCAAGCACUUGAGUUUGCGAAGGAGAGAGGGGAGGGGGGUCAGCCAGGGCACGAGGUAGCGGAAGCUGCGAGUGGGGGGCCGGCGGUUCCGAAGAGAGAGCUAAGGCAUCCUGUGGGGAAGAGAAGAGGAGCCAAGGAGGGGCGGGAUGGGAUGCCGAGGGUGGGCAGGGAGCAUAAGGAGCACAAGGAACAUAAGGAGCAUAAGGAGCAUAACCAGCGAGGGGAAAAGGAGGUGAGGGGGGAGAAGGAGGCGCAUGAGCCCCAGCUGCUGCACGUGCGGCAGCAUGAGACGGGCAAGAGGGGCAGCAGGCACAAGCACGACUCGCCAGCAAGCCAGGGUCGGGCUGCCGGGCCUGCAGCCGGGCCUGGUUCGGAACAGCUGGAGCUGCCGAGCCAGGGUUUCCCAUUCCAGGACCCAGGAAAGAGUAUGCUGCAGCCAGGGCCGAACCAGGCCGCAGGCACGGGACUCAGAAUCCCCUCGUUCUCUUCCCCUUCUCUUCACCAACCGCCCCAGGGGCAGGGGCAGGCGCAGCAGCAGCAGCAGCAGCAGCAGGCUGCGGAUCUCGCCUCAUUGCAUUUUAAGCACGGGCAUGGGCAUGGGCACGGGCAUGGGCACGGGAAUGUUGUGUCCGCCCCCCCUCAUACUAUGCCAGGCAUGCCUCCCCACUUGGCGACUCAGGGCGGCCAAACAGGGCGCGCUGGGGGGCACGGGGCGGCGAUAGCAGGUCAUGCUCUGGCAGCAGACCGUGCUGGGGACAACGAGGGAGGGAACCUUGGGGGGGAUCUGAGGCAAGGAGGGAGAUCUGCAGCGGCAGCGCAAGCGCGAGCCGAAGCCGCUGAUAUGAAGCACCGGCUGGGGGGGAUCCCGGAGGCAUCUCACAGCAGACCCUUCACUCUGCCGUUUCCUCCUCCUGCCGCUGCUCCUGCUGCUCCUGUUGCUGACGCUAGUGCGUCUGGUGCAGCAGAAAUGGGGUCUGGUUUUGCUAGUAGCAGCAGUCACGCAGCAGUAGAAACUGCGGGGCCUAACUUUCCAAGCACAGAUGCUGCUGCCCCUGCAGCAGCAGCAGAU